AUGGGUGACACCAGCAGGAAAACCUUCAGCUCUUCAAGCUUCACUGGAUAUGGCCACCGUGCUUACCCAAAGGUUUCCGUCAACAAACGGCUCUUAGCUCCACUGCAUCUGGACAUUGACCCCUCCUUCCAGGAGAUCAGGAACAAGGAGAAAGAGGAGAUAAAGACACUCAAUAACCAGUUUGCUGCUUUGAUUGGGAAGGUCCAGAGUCUGGAACAACACAACCAAGUCCUGCAUACCAGGUGGAACUUUCUGAAAGAACAAGACCACUCCCUUUCUGACUUAGACAUCAAACUCCUCUAUGACCAGUACAUGAACAAACUGAGCCGCGAGGCCCGGUCUAUCGAUGUCGAGAAAGAACAGUUGGACUCAGAGCUUGAUGAAGUGCUAGAGGCCAUGGAUGCCUUUCGGAACAAAUACGAGGAAGAAAUAAACAAACGCACUGGGAUGGAAUUCACCUUCACAGCACUCAAAAAGGAUCUGGACAACUGCUUCUUGCACAAAACUGAACUGGAAGCAAAACUGAGCGGACUUCAGGCUUGGGUGGAGUUAAUGAAAAAUAUCCAAGAGGAGGAACUUGAGGAAGCAAUGUCACAAAUCAAGGACGUCUCAGUUGUGCUCGGGAUUGACAACAACAGAUACAACCCAGACCCACACAAGAUCGUGGAAGAAGUGAGAGCUCAGUACGAAGCCCUGGCGAUCCGGAGUUGGGAAGAGUUAGAGGCACUCACCCGAACCAAGCUGAAUGAAAGAGAGGUGCUCUCUGCUAGGUUUGGGGACCAUCUCCUUAAUGAUCGAAGGGUGAUUGCUGAGUUAAACAUCCAGAUCCAGAAGAUGAGGUCCUGCAUCGUGUCUUUGAAAAGCCAGUGUCUGCAUCUAGAGAAUAAUAUCAAGGAGGCCGGGAUACAAGGUGAAACCGCCCUCAGUGAUGCCAAAGCCAAACUAGCUAAAUUGGAAGAAGCCCUUCACAAUGCUAGGCAGGACUUGGCUCAGUUGGUGAAGGAAUACCAAGAGCUGAUGAAUAUCAAGCUGGCCUUGGACUUAGAGAUUCUCACCUACAGGACGCUGAUGGAAGGUGAAGAGAGCUGCUUCACCAAAUUCCAGCAUCACAUCCACCUCGAAUGUGACAACCAGAGCAAAAGCAGAUUUGAUAGAUAA